ACAAUUUCCUUACAGAAAUGAAUGCAAGGUCAGAUCCAAACUUUCGAUCCCACUUAUAAUCUAUUUCAUCGUCGAAUUAUGAAUGAAUUUAUCAAAAAAGAAAAGAAAAGGAAUCGGAGUUCAUACACGAGCUGCAGUGCGGUUGGAUACAGGCCAAACGUGUUUUCAACAACACUUUCUCAUCUCAUCGCCACUAACUCAGCUCAUCUAAUCACCCCUUUUCUUCCCAUUAGAGAUAGGUUGAAAGAGAAGGUGGAGGAGUUCUUUGGUUGUGAAUAUGAGCUUGCUACUGAGUUCACUGACCUCAUUAGUUGGAGCAGAGGAACAAGUAUAGGUUGGCAUAGUGAUGAUAACAGGCCUUAUCUCAAGCAACGCGACUUUACGGCAGUAUGUUAUUUGAAUAGUUAUGGGAGGGAUUUUGAAGGUGGACUGUUUCAUUUCGAAGAUGGGGAACCGAAAAUGGUUGCACCUGGUUGGAGUAGAUGCAGCUGUUUUAUAUUUUCUUAAGAUACGUGUUCUCUUAGUAUUUCCUGCACGGACAUGUAGAAUUUACUUUCAUAUUUUAGUAAUACGAUUUUGAUACGGAUCUUAUUGUGAGUGUUGGCACUGGUAUGCUUAAAUAUUUAAAUGUUUUUCAUCGUCUGGAGGGUGUAGCUCCAUAUCCAUGUCUGGAGAUGUGUUGGGUACUUCAAGAAAAAAAUGAAUAGUCGGAGUAGCAAUCUAGAAUUAUUAAGGUCUAAUUUGGAGUACUUCUCCAAGUACUUACAGGAAUCAAAUAAGGGUUAGAAAAGGCCUUUGAGUUGCUAGUCAUGAGGAAGGGAACAUGAUGUGGUCGGGGUGCCAAAUUUGAGAGUUAUUACUUUGCUUGCGUAGAAUGCAUUGGUUGCUAAGAUUAUCUUAAUGAAAUGUAAGGUAUUUGGAAACUUCUUCUGUAGUGAGUCUCCUCAUCUCAGCGAAGAAGCAGCCAUGUCCAUUUUAUUAGCUAGUGAAAGGAUGUUCACUCUGACAUUUGAUUGAUACUCUUUGCGUUAAUAUAUAUCAGGAUGUCGUGAUUUAUACAGCUGACAGCCACAACACUCAUUCUGUGGACGAGGUACUCUCCCUCUCUCUCUUGUAAUAUAUAUAAUAUGCUAUCUAAUUCGUCUAUCAAAGGGAAAUGAAUGCUACUAGGGUUCAAUUGGGAAAGCGAAAUUUAGGUUCUUAGUGUUGGGCUUGAUAUCGUUUUUAAAGCAGGAUUUCAAACUUGGAUUGAGGUUUGAUUUGAGCUAAGCAGAUAGUCUCAAUACUUUGUCUUAGCUGAGUCAUUUUCUUAGUGAAAAAUUGGCUCAUGCAUAAUGUUAGUGUACAGAGCAGUAUAAUCCGUUUGGAACUCUGAUUCUU